AUGGAUGAAAAUAAAGAUACUGAUUCAAAAGAAAGUGGAGAAUAUGAAGAUGACUUUGAAAAGGAUCUGGAAUGGUUAAUUAAUGAAAAAGAAAAAAGUGAUGGCAGCAUACUAGAGAUGGCUUGUGGGAAUGAAGAAACUAUUAACCAGGAAUCAAAAGAGAACAGACCAGAAACAGAUCAUACAGAACAGCUUUCCAAUCCUGACAACUCUUUGACAGAUGGUAUUUCAUCAAGAAAAAAUGACUUCAUUUCUGUACCCAGUAGUCAACCUUUGGAUCCCAUAUCAGAUUCAGACAGUGAAAACUCUUUCCAGGAAUCCAAACUAGAAAUUCAGAAAGACCUGGAAGAGGAUGAGGAUGAUGAAUUAAGGAGAUAUGUUAUGGAGAAAAUCAUACAAGCCAACAAGCUUCUACAGAGUGAAGAACCCAUAAAUGAUAAAAGAGAGCGAAAACUUAAGUUCAAGGACAAGUUAGUUGAUUUGGAAGUUCCCCCACUGGAAGAGACUGAUACUUACAAAAAUUAUUUGGAAAAUGAAAGUAAUAUGUCUGGCAAACUCUCAGAGUUAUGUAUUUCCAAUGAAUUUGGGCAAGAAAAUGUGCUACUAUCUUUUACUGAUGGAAGUUGUGAAGAAAACAAGGAUGGGAAGAUACUGGUAGAGAGAGAUGGAAAGUUUGAACUUUUGAACCUACAAGACAUAGAGAGUCAGGGAUCUUUGCCUCCCAUUAAUAAUGCUAAUAGUACAGAAAAUGAACCUCAGCAGGUGUCACCCCUACCUUCCAACUCACUUGGCAACAGCGUCAAGAAAGAAGAGCCUGUUCAGAAGACUCAUGCUGUCACUCCCUCAUCAACAGAAGAGCCACUGGCUCAUGUCUCUCAGUCAACCCCCAAUUCCAGGAUCCGUCCAGACUCAGCUACCAACUCAGAUCAAAGUAAGGGCAAUGGGAAAUCUACUCUUAGGCUACAGUCUGCUUGUAUAUCUCCAGUGAAGUCAACAUAUUGUCUUUCCCCUCGACAGAAAGAACUUCAAAAAAGACUAGAACAAAAGAGAGAAAAACUAAAGAGAGAGGAAGAACAACGAAAAAUAGAAGAAGAAAAAGAAAAGAGAAAAGAGAAUGAUAUGGUUUUUAAAGCAUGGUUGCAAAAGAAAAGGGAGCAGGUAAUAGAAAUGAGGAGAAUCCAGCGAGCAAAGCAAAUGGAAGACAUGAAUAAUAGACAGGAGAACAGAGAUCCACAACUAGCUUUUCGAUUAUGGCUUAAAAAGAAGCAUGAAGAACACUUAAAAGAAAGAAAGACAGAGGAGCUUCGAAAGCAAGAGGAAUGCUUAUUUUUCCUUAAAGGAGCAGAGGGCCGUGAAAGAGCCUUUAAGCAGUGGCUAAGAAGGAAACGGAUAGAAAAACUAGCAGAGCAACAAGCAGCCAAAGAAAGAACUAGACAGCUCCAGCUUGAAGCAAAGCGUGCUAAACAGUUUCAGAACCACCUAUAUAUGUCAGAAGCCAAAUCUUUCCGUUUUACUGAUCCUUACAACUGAAGGUAUCUAUUAAAUACUUCAUAUGGAAGAUGCUAGUCAAAAUUUUUUAUAUUAUUUAUGGCCCAUGUACUUUUGUCAUACUCU